AUGGAUAUUUGACCAAUAUUGCCUGAAAAUUUAACCCUAACUGAAAGUUUAGCCAAAGAAAUGAACGAUAAUACAAGUAUGAAUGAGAAAAUGAUCAGAAAGGUUAAAAACAUCAAACUGAAAUAUUUAUUUGAGAACAAUAGGUUGAAAGGUAGCAGAAAGUCGAUUGAUGUAAAAAUCUUCAGCCCUCAAAGGCGGUAUGAACAGCCACUUUAUCCAAACGAUAAUAUGUUUCCAGAGUACUCUCUUAAAAGUUUUGAAUCUGUCAGGCAUGGUGAAUCUGGUAUGAACAGAUAUGGGAGUGGCCAAAGGAUGAUCCCUAGACUUUCCAGUAACUUUACUAACAAUGUUGAACAUACAAAUUACUUACAACCUCAUGGGGAGCCUAACUGGUGUAGAAAAUCAGAAGCACUUCUAAGUGCUCCUAACCAAGAGAAAGAUAAUUCAGAGGAUUCAAGAUUAUGUCUGAAUAAAACUAUUUCUAACUAACCCCAGUAGGUUCUGAUCAAAUAGGACAGAGAACAAGGAUAGAGCAACGAUGAUAUUUUCUGAGCCCAGACAGGACCAGAAGACCCAGAAUUAUAGAAUAGACCCGACAGAGGCCAGUACUCAUGAAUCCACUUACAGGCCAGGUUUAGAAUCCAGGGGGCUUUUUAAAGAUUACAGAAAUAGUGUCAAUAUCUUGAACGAGGAAUAUCUCCAGACUAAGCAUAAUCUCGAUCGAGACAUUCUAGAAUCCACUGACUCUAUUUUUACAAAUAGGAAGUCUAGUGUGAAUGCUACUGGUUCUAUGACUAGAAAUCACCAACCUAAGCGCGAGCUUGCUCAAAAUAAUUCUACAGGAAAAUUAAAGGUCUACAAG